AUGGUGCAGUGGCUGAAGUUGAGAAAAAGAUUAUAGAAGCUUUUGGGGUGUUUGACCCUGAAUGCAGUAAAACUGUGAAUGCCAGAGAGGUUGGUUCAAUUGUCAGGUCACUGGAUUGCUUCCCAACCGAGGCAGAACUACAUGAACUGCUUGCACAGGUAGAAGAAGCAGAAGAAGAAGAACUGACUGGACGCGUUCAUCUAGAAAAAUUUCUCCCAGUGAUGACAAAACUACUACUUGACAAAAGGUACCGGCCUAUUCCAGCAGAUGUUCUUCUACACGCAUUUGAGGCUCUGGAUGAGAAUAAAUGUGGAUAUAUUACUAAAGAGGAGCUGGUCAAAUAUUUGACUGAAGAAGGUGAGCCCUUUACACAGGAAGAAAUGCAGGACAUGCUCACCACUGCUCUGGAUCCAGAAACAAAUACUAUUCGCUACAGAGACUAUGUUUUAAGGAUGAUAGAUGAAACUAAAAAUCUUCCUCUUUAG